UGAACACUUGUCUUCGGUAGUAAGUACAGAUGUGCGAGAUGUCCCUUCCCCACCCGGCAUCGGGCCAGCCUGAGGGCAAAAACUGUGGAGAAGGCGUGCUCGCAGCUACCGCUACCGCCACCGCCACUACAAUCUAGAAGCUGUUGUCAGUCAGUUCAGUGGUGGGUGAACUUGUGAGAAGUGCGAAUCACCUGGCAGCACCUCCAGAUACUUUGGAUUAUAACGUUAACUCAGGUCAAGAAGUACAAGUUACUAUUUCUUGUAACUGAAUGGACACUGCCUUUGUAUGCAUAUAAAAGGAAAUAAUCAAGAAUCAAUACAAAUAUGAUUUGUGAAACACAAUCUUUUACCUCCCAAACCUCUUACUAUGUGGACUGUCCUGCAGAAGGCCAAACAUUGUACAUAUACCCUGUCAGGGAACUUGAGGGUAGUAGAGCAGAGACAGUAUCGCAAGGGAGGUUCUUGUCGUUCAGCACAGACUCAGACAGUGGCUUCUCCCAGAGUUGCACAACUCCAACGUCCAGCGAGAGUGAGCACUGGGAGCACCUGACAGGGGUCGAUACUGAUGACGAUGUGUUCACGGAGAGAGAGGUCGUCCUGUCAUACGACGGCUCUGAGGUGACGGAGACCAACUAUAGGGAAGGCUCCCUCACAUGGGGAUUGGAUGAAACAAUAGUGGGACCACCUGAGUCCCACCCAGAUACUGACAUUGACAGCGACUACAUAGAAGAGUUCAAACAAGAAUUGGAAGAUGAUACCUCAGAAAUUUCAUUUGCCAAUGAAUUAUCCUUGUCACUGAAUGAACAGGAUGUGGGAGAAGAGGUGACAAACAUAAACAUAAACGAGAUUAGUUGUACAGACUCUUUCCUGAAGUGGCUCGAUAGUGAACAGGAUCAGAGUCCUUGUCCUGACAACAAUGAACAUCACAACACCACAAGUGAGUCAAAUGAAUCGAUCGAAGACGACGAAGAUUCUGUUGAUUUACAGUUUCAAUUUUCCCAGAAAACAUCUGACAUCACUAGUUAUUACAAUGAUCACUAUUUCAAAACUCAAGAUAGUAAGUCUGGGACCAUUUUGCCACCCAUCCAAACUAUGAUUCCUGCAGGAUCCAAAAUGAUUCAUUCUUUCCCUGGUGACAAAUGUGUUCAGAAUAGAGAUUCGUUCAAUACACUCAUUCGAACAUCUCCAACCAGUCUUCAUCUAAACAACUUGGCUGCUGAAAAAAGUGAAAAAAGCGGAGGUUAUGGUCAUUUAAUGCACAAAAGCUUCCACAUCAAUGAAAAUGACAACUCUUCAUACUACGGAACUCUUCCAGACAACCAGGUGGUGAUAACACAAGCUAAGGGGGAACUUCUGGAUGAACUAGCCAGAAAAAAUUCAACUCAAGUUCAAUUUUCUGCGAAGCCUCAAACAGUUGAUACAUGUUUGCUGGAGUGCAGAUGGGAGGACUGCUGGGCUAUAUUCCCUGGGCAGGCAGCACUGGUCCGUCAUAUCGAAAAAACACAUGUAGAGUUGCGACGUGCUGACGAGUUUGCGUGCCUGUGGCAGCACUGCCCACGUAGGACCCGGCCAUUCAAUGCUCGCUACAAACUACUAAUCCACAUGCGAGUCCACUCAGGCGAGAAGCCUAAUAAAUGCCCAUUUCCAGGAUGCCUAAAAGCAUUUUCUCGUCUAGAAAACCUCAAGAUACACCAGAGGUCGCACACGGGUGAACGGCCUUACUCCUGUCAGUUCCCAUCCUGUAUCAAGGCCUUCAGCAACAGUUCUGACCGUGCUAAGCAUCAGAGGACGCAUUAUGACACAAAACCCUAUGCUUGUCAAGUAGCUGGAUGCAGGAAGCGUUAUACUGAUCCAAGUUCACUACGGAAACACAUAAAAAAUCACACUGGAACGAUUUGUAAAAACAAAAAACUUAUUGCAAGUGAGCCAGUUGUUAUGAUCUCAAAACUUGAACCAUCACAGCGAGAACGACUGAAUUCUUAUGUAUCAGAUUGUACAAGUGACUACCUCGAGGAUGAAUAUCAUCAGAGUGACAUCGUAGAAGAGGUGUCUGAUACCGAAGUGUCUGAUCCAAUUCUGGAGUAUGUGCCAUACGAUGCUGUCAGACAUCUUGUAGACGAAUCUUCAAAAUUUGUUGGGUUGACUGAUGAACUGAGUAUCGACAUAGAAAACCAGUUCAUGGACGAUGUUCAACUUGAAAAUUCUAACUUCUUGUCUUUUUCUGAUGACGAUGUAUUGUCUUUUAUUAACUAGACACUUUCAUCCAUUCUUUUAUUAUUGAUCUCUUUAUGAAAAAAAUGUGAUGUAGUGUUUUUAGAAUCUUAAUAACAAAAAUUAUAUGUUGUUUGUUAGAA